AUGCGCAUUAAGCAACAUCUUGCGGCCCACCGCCCCACCCAUACAGGUGAGAAACCCUAUCACUGCAGCAUAUGUGGUCAAUCAUUCGUACAAAAGUAUAAUCUCAAGGUACACAGUCGCACUCACACAGGCGAGAAGCCCAUCAAAUGCACGAUAGGCACCAACCGGCCUGGAAGAAGUGCCGAAGCAUCGAAGCAACCGCAAGGAAACUCGGCCGAUGACAAACCCUGGGUGUGCUCCUUCUGCAUGGAGGAAUUUACCUGUGCGGCCGACCUCGAGAUCCACGUGGACGGCAACAUUAUGAAUGGAAGGCAUCGGUGCCCUGCAUACGGCAAGUUCUUCAAGAUCCCCGAUGACAACUGCAAUGCAGAACUAAACACAACGAACGAACAGGACGAAGGCACAGACGUCCGCUGUGAACGUGCGCAUACUGCCGAAAAGAAGACACAUUUGCCGCUCCCAAUGUCCAGUAGCUGGGCCGGCGAUGACGCAGUUCCCAGCACAAGCCAUGCGGACAUGGAUGCCGCUACAUCCGCUGGAAACAACGCGAGGAUUGGUACUGGCUCCAAACAAGCGGGAAAGCGAGAAGAUAUCGACGGUGUCUACAGCGACAUGAACCGCUGCAAGAAAACGCCAGGGGAAGGAGGCCACAAGCGCGAAAUAUGCGGCAAUUCAUUUAAAAGCAAGGACACUCUCGCGAGACAUCGCCACACUCACACAGGUGAGAAGCCCUAUCAUUGCGACACAUGUGACAAAUCAUUUUCACAAAAGGGUAAUCUCAAUGUACAUCGCCGCAUUCACACCGGCGAGAAGCCCUAUCAUUGCAAGGGAUGUGGUCAAUCAUUUGCACACAACUGUACUCUCGUGAAUCAUAGCCGCACGCAUACAGGCGAGAGGCCCUUCAAAUGCACGACAUGCACAAAAUCAUUCGCACGGCGAGAACAUCUUCGUGUACAUGAACGUACUCAUACGGGCGAGAGGCCUUAUAAAUGCAACAUGUGUGAGUAUUCAUCAACCACAUCGUCAGAUCUUAAAAGGCAUCAACGCACGCACAGAAACAAGAAAACGUGAGCCUGCCAAAAAAAAAGAACACAAUCACUUAUAAAAACGAUGCAUCAAUGAUCACCUCCACAUUCCCGUGACUCAGUAUCCCUUCACUGGCGAAAUGUGGAAUCAUUCAUUCAUAAACAAAAAGUUUUAAUACGAAAUCAUCGAUAAACAUGAGUGCUGAAUUUUGACGUGCUAUUGGUUAGGCGAUAGUUUCAGAAAUUGAACUUA